UGAAAAGUACCAGCCAAAAACAAGGGACAUGGUUGUUGCAUCAGGGUCUACAGUCUACCUAAACUGUACAGUUGAAGACAACGACAACUCCUCAUUGCAGUGGUCCAACCCUACACAGCAGACUCUGUACUUUGGGGCCAAAAGAGCUCUGAGAGAUCACCGGAUCCAGCUAGUGCAGGCUACAUCGAAGGAACUGACCAUCAGUAUCUCAAAUGUGUCCCUGGCCGAUGAGGGAGAAUACAUAUGCUCUUUGUUCACAAUGCCUGUACAAACAGGCAAAUCCGUUGUCACUGUCCUUGGUGUGCCAAAACGCCCUGUGAUCACAGGCUACAUUGGUCCUGUCCACGAGAAUACAGUCAUCAGGCUCAAGUGUGAGAGCUCAGGAAGUAAACCUGCAGCCAGACUGCACUGGAUGAAAAAUAAAAUACCACUGCAUGCCCAGCACUUUCCCACAAUGGAAGACCCAAGAGACCACACUUUCACUGUUUCCAGUUUGGUUGAGUUUAAUGCAACAAAGUCAGAUGACGAGGCGUCUGUCAUAUGCGCUGCAGAGCACCCUUCUAUUACAUCAGAAGCCAGCAUCUCAGAGCAAAAGAUUGAAGUACUCUACCCCCCACAGGCAGUAAUCCGGGCAUCUGCUGAAUUUCCUAAGGAAGGUAUGAAACUGCACCUCAACUGCAUUGGACAGGGAAAACCAGAGCCACAGCUGACUAAAUGGAUGAAGAAAAAUGGGGAGCUGCCACAACACACAACACAAGAAGGCAACAUCUUGACUUUUACAGCCCUCAACAAGUCAGAUGCUGGUGUUUACAUCUGUGAAGUUACUAACAUAAUGGGCUCUGUGGAAGCCCCAUUCUCUCUCACUGUAUAUGACAAACCAACCACACCUCCUCUUCCUUCUGCCCUCACCACCACAGCACUACCUCCAUCACCACCUGUUCUCACCACUCAUCUCAUCUCUGAGAAGUCGGCAUCCUCUUCCAAUAUGGCUGACAGUGUCGCAGAGGCCGCCGCUCCAGAUCCCAGUGCCUUACCACAUUCUGGAAUUGACCAUGCUGUCAUUGGAGGUGUUGUGGCUGUCAUCGUAUUCAUCCUCUUGUGUCUUCUUAUUGUUCUGGGACGUUAUUUGAUCCGUCACAAAGGCACAUACCUGACUCAUGAGGCAAAAGGGUCGGAUGAUGCCCCAGAUGCAGACACUGCCAUCAUCAAUGCAGAAGGUGGGCAGGCCUCUAGUGAUGACAAGAAGGAGUAUUUCAUUUAGAGGUUGGAGAAGAUUCAAAAAUCUAUAUAAAAUCUUAAAAAUAUUGGAAACUGUUAAGGGACCAUAUGGCAUAGCUACGCAACACUGAUGGUGACAGACUUGAGAACUUCCAAAGUAGCCAGUUAACAAACUUCGACUGUCUAGGAGCUGAGAACUAGCAAAGCUUUUUUACGGAAAAUCAGUAGAAAGAAAAUAUAACCAGGAGCAUCAAAAGCUGGUUUAAUGGACCUUGUACAGAAAAAAAUAAAAGUAUAUUUAAGCUUGCUUGUAUCAUUGUAACUACAGCUGAACAAAAUGUUUUGUGAGUUGUUCUCAAUUUUUGUUUCGUUUUCCUAGUUUCAUAUUUUUCCUUUUGACAGAAAGUUCUAGUGGAUAAAAUAACACAUUUCAUUGUUUCAUUUGGUAUUUUUGUUGGAUGGAUGGGGGUUGGGGAGGGAAGACUGGAAAAGGACAGAGGGAGGCAAAUAUUUCUCUUCUAUUUCCUGUGAAGCUUUUUUUUCCCCCCUAGGACUGCAAGAAAAUCAAACUGACAAGAAGUCUGUGGAAGAGAAUUUUUUUUUCUAUUGCACUGUGGGGGUAUUCAUUUUUGUAACUUUAUCUGUUUACUUCUUUGAUUAAACUAUUAUGUACAGUAGAAGGUAGUUACUGUAGGUACCCUCUGAUUGUGCUUCCUUCCAAAUCUCUUGACUAACUUAAGGACUUAAUAUGUACAGUACAUUCCUAAACAAUGACAUGACAUCAUUAUCAGAUUUAACAUAACUGCCUGCAGCAUAAAUAUAUAAUGCAAGCUGGAAACAGAUAAUGCUCUACUUACUUUAUUCACUUCAUAUGGGUAUCUGUAGAUGUGGUCUGAAUUUGUCUUUCACUAGCUCUAGCAUGCAUCCAGACUAACGAAAACAGUUCAGAGAUAUCAAGAAAUCUGUAACGAAUUGCAUGUGCAGUGUGUCUGACAAUGCUCAUCAGGAUGUCAAAAUCAUUUUGCAGCCAGACAGGUAAAUUAUCAUUGUUUUGGCAGUAUGAAUUUUGUAUGCAGAGGAGAAAUCUAAGUUUUCUUGAUAUACACUCCCCAACUUGUCUUUGUUGUAGGAUUCUGCAUGGAACUAUUAAAUAAGGAUGAUUCAGAACUGUCAUUAUACAGACUUAAAAUAGGUGAUGGCUAGAACAAUUUUGAUAGAGUUCUAGCAGCCAAAAAGAGUACUUAUUUAUGUUGGUGGGGGGGCACUGGGGAUUGCGUCACUGUUGUUAAUAUGGCAUUCCCAUAGAAAAUUUGCAGCUGCCGAUCUCUGAUGUUAGCUAUCUUUCUUGCUUAGCAGUACAGGUGCAGUGUGAUGGGAGCUGAACAUUCAGUUCAGAAUAUUCAAACUGUGAGGCAAAAGAAAAAAACAUGACCUUAAGGAGUACUCCCACCUUUUUACUUUAUUAAGUAAAAUACAUUUUUUAAAAGUUUCCUUUUUCAGAUAACUUCACUUGGACUGAUUUAUGCAAUUAGACUGGUGCUGCCCGAACUCUAGGUGUGAUCUCGUUAACAGUUACAGACACACCUGCGGUUGUUAGACACUCGCAGUGAGGCAGCCAAUGCAAUUCUAAUUAGGAUACAGCAAAGCAGAUUAAAGCAGGUGUAGACCUACACAGUGUGCUCAAAAUCUGCUCUGUUGUCUAGAAUUCAGGUAUAGAACUGAAAACUGCUGACAGGUUUGCCUGCUUUUCCAUAUGAUUUCUGUUUCAAGCAGCUGCUGAUAUUGUGCUGUAGUAGAUAGAGUGAAGACAGCACUGUAUCAAAAUGUAGGAGGAUGUUUCAAGGAUGAAAUGGUUUGGGUUAUAACCAGAGCAGCUGGGCUUGCAAAUCUUCAGUUGCACAUUAUGCCAUGUAUUCAAAUAUUCUGUUAGAAAACUAAUUUACAAAUAACAAGAGUAUUAGCAUAUUCUGAACUACAAUACACAUAUUUGUAUUCCCUGAAAUGUAAUUUUUAAACAGUGUUUAUUAGACUGAUCUGCUGUAAAAAUAGAAAGAAUAGAAGAUAAACCAAGAAUGUUAAUCUGUUUGCUGAAUGGAAGAAACUCUGUGUGUGUGUGUGUGUGUGUGUGUGUGUGUGUGUGUGUGUGUGUGUGUGUGUGUUUCCUUUCUGUGUUUCUGAUCUCAGGCAUUUCAUAAAAAUCAGUGGUAUAGGUGCCUGUCGUAUUCUAUAUGCUUCCACACCUUGAAUUGGCAGGUUUCAAAUAGACCCCUGGGAAAUUCUGAAUAUGCUAUAGGUCUUGGAUGUCUGCUAAAAUGAUCACUGGUGGAGCUAGUUACUAUUUAUCCAAAUGUUUCUCUUGGGAUAACACAGAAGGAUCAUUAUUUGUAACACCAGGUGAUUACAGACAUCACUCUUGUUUGAUGAGUGCUGUGUACAACAGUGAGAUCACAUUUGUCAUAUUACCAAACAGAAAAAUAAAGGAUACAUUACUGUAUAAAAACAAAA